ACAGCCAAGUGCAUUUUUAUUUGUUGGGAGUGUUGGGCCCGCGAAAUGGGGAAUUUGUUGAGAGCGAUGGAAAUGACAUGGGCAUUCAAAUUCCCUCGUACAUUUUGGGUUACACAGUUUGAAACAGUUCCGAAAAAUAAUAAACAUUGAAAAUAUGAGCACUUUUGCAUGGAAUAAUAAUAGUACAUAGCAAUCGUUAGUGUUACACCUCGGGUGCUCGCUGCUGGGUUUCUUGUCCCACAAGUAUUCCUGUGGAGUCAAGUUUCCGAGCAUUGAAAACCAAUGGAGUUUUCUGUAGAGCUGCAGGGAUUUCAUAUUAUCAUUUGAGCAUGCUCUCUGCACAUUUGAUAUAUGGUUUUUUGGUCAGAUUUUUGUUUGUUUUGUUAACUCUUGAUGUACUCCGUACUGGUUCGUUUCUGAGAGGCAGAGAUAUCGGAUGAUUUGAUGUGGAUUAGGCUCGGAUUUGUCUUGUUUUGAUUUGGGUUAGUUUUCAUUUUAUUAGAUUUUAAUACCCGGAAGUAGUAAGUGGAGGUUUUUGAUGUUGGUUAGGAUUGAUUUUAUCAGACUUCGACUCCCAAAUGCAGUAAGCGGAGGUUUUUGAUACGGGUUAGGAUUUAGUUCAUUAGAUUUCAAGAACCAAAUGGAGUGAGUAGUUCUGAUGCGGAAUAGGAUUCAUUUCAUUAGAUUUCAAGGCCUAUAAACAAUUAGCAGAGAUGUGCCACAUGCCCAUUUGAGGAUAUUUGAUUGGGAGAUAUUGCAAUUGCUGUGCUGGUUCAAGGUAAAUCAAUCAGGUAAAUUGGCUCUUCUUAUUACUGUAAAGCUCGUUUAAAGGAAUUGGGGAGUGUGUUGUGUGAAAAUGGAGGCCGGAUCGGGCAUGUUGGCAGGUUCUCAUAAAAGGAAUGAGUUUGUUUUAAUUCGACAUCAAGACAUUGAGCCUAAGCCUCUUCAGAACAUGGGUGGCCAUAUUUGCCAGAUAUGUUUAGAUGAUGUUGGCAUAACAGUAGAUGGAGAGCUUUUUGUGGCUUGCAAUGAGUGUGCAUAUCCAGUAUGCAGGCCAUGCUAUGAAUAUGAGCGCAAAGAGGGAAGUAAGUCAUGUCCACAAUGCAAGACUCGAUACAAGCGGCACAAAGGUAGUCCCCGAGUGGCUGGUGAUGAUGAAGAAGAGGGUGCAGAUGAUUUGGAUGACGAGUUCAGCCACACUCACUGUAAUAGGAAUGAGAAACAACAUAUUGCAGAGGCAAUGUUGCAUUGGCAAAUGGCCUAUGGGCGUGGGGAAGAUGUUGGCCCGUCUGACUCUUCAAGUGAGAAACUUUAUCAGGUUCCUUUUGCCAAUGGAAAAGAGGUUUCAGGUGAGUUACCUGAAGUAACUCCAGAGCGUCAUACAAUGACUGCUCCACCCACUGGCAGUGGCAGUGGAAAACGUGUGCAUCCACUACCUUUUGUUGAUCCUUCACAAACGGUGAGGGUUGUGGACCCCACAAAAGACUCAAAUUCCUAUCGAGUUGGACGUGUUGCAUGGAAAGAUAGAGUAGAAAGCUGGAAGGCAAAACAGGAUAAAAAUGUAAUCCAAGUGACCAACGGAACUCAGUAUUCAUCUGAAGGAAAAGAUGGAUAUGUAGAUGAUAGUGUUCCUGAUGGGGACGACAUUCAAAUGCUAGAGGAAGCACGGCAACCUCUCUCAAGGAAGAUUCCUAUCUCUUCUUCCAAGAUUAAUCCAUACAGGAUGAUUAUUGUUAUACGACUUGUGGUCUUGUGUUUUUUCUUCCGCUACCGGAUAUUGAAUCCUGUUCGCAAUGCUUAUAUACUCUGGUUCAUUUCAGUUAUCUGUGAGAUUUGGUUUGCCAUAUCAUGGAUUCUUGAUCAGUUUCCUAAAUGGUUACCUAUCAGCAGGGAAACAUAUUUGGAAAGACUUUGUUUGAGAUAUGAUAGAGAAGGGGAGAUAUCUCAGUUAGCCGGCAUUGAUAUAUUUGUGAGCACAGUUGACCCUCUAAAGGAGCCUCCUUUAGUCACGGCAAAUACUGUUUUGUCGAUUCUUUCUGUGGAUUAUCCAGUGGAUAAAGUGUCAUGCUAUGUCUCUGAUGAUGGGGCUGCAAUGUUGACUUUUGAGGCUCUUUCUGAAACUUCAGAAUUUGCAAGGAAAUGGGUGCCAUUUUGUAAAAAAUUUGAUAUUGAACCUCGGGCUCCAGAAUGGUACUUUUCUCAAAAGAUAGAUUAUUUAAAGGAUAAAGUGCAUCCCAACUUUGUAAAAGAGCGCAGAGCUAUGAAGAGAGAAUAUGAAGAAUUCAAGGUUCGAGUUAAUGCACUUGUUGCAAAAGCUCAGAAGGUUCCUGAAGAAGGCUGGAUUAUGCAAGAUGGGACUCCUUGGCCUGGAAAUAAUACUCGAGAUCAUCCUGGGAUGAUACAGGUAUUCUUAGGUCACAGUGGUGGGCUUGAUACUGAUGGCAAUGAAUUACCUCGACUUGUUUAUGUUUCUCGUGAGAAAAGACCUGGCUUUGAACAUCACAAGAAAGCUGGGGCAAUGAAUUCUUUGGUCCGUGUUUCUGCAGUUCUAACAAAUGGGCCUUUUUUGCUGAAUCUGGACUGUGAUCACUACAUAAACAACAGCAAGGCUAUUCGUGAGGCCAUGUGUUUUUUGAUGGAUCCUAACCUUGGGAAGAAAGUUUGUUAUGUUCAGUUCCCCCAAAGGUUUGAUGGUAUUGAUAGACAUGAUCGAUAUGCAAAUCACAAUACGGUGUUCUUUGAUAUAAACUUGAAGGGUUUAGAUGGAAUCCAGGGGCCUGUUUAUGUGGGAACAGGAUGUUUUUUCAACAGAAAAGCACUCUAUGGCUUGGAACCUCCUCACAAAAGCAAGGUCUUUGAAUCAUUAUGUUGUGGACCUAGAAAGAAAAGCAAAAAAUUAAACAAGCAAGAUGAUGAGAAAAAGGUGGAUAGGCAGAUUGAUUCCACUGUUCCCAUAUUUACCCUGGAUGAUAUAGAGGAGGGGAUGGAAGGGUAUGAUGAUGAAAAAUCCUUGCUACUGGAUCAUAUGAGCUUGGAGAAAAAGUUUGGCCAAUCAUCUGUUUUCCUUGAUUCUACUCGAAUGGAGAAUGGUGGCGUGCCACAGUCUGCAACUCCUGCAGAUUUAUUGAAAGAGGCCAUCCAUGUUAUCAGCUGUGGAUACGAAGACAAGACAGAUUGGGGAAAGGAGCUUGGAUGGAUAUAUGGUUCAGUCACAGAAGACAUUUUAACUGGGUUUAAAAUGCAUUCUCGGGGGUGGCGAUCAAUUUAUUGUAUGCCUCAACGUCCUGCAUUCAAAGGAUCUGCUCCAAUCAAUCUUUCAGAUCGUCUGAACCAAGUGCUUCGGUGGGCCCUUGGUUCCGUCGAAAUUCUUCUCAGCAGGCAUUGCCCAAUUUGGUAUGGUUAUAGUGGAAGAUUGAAAUGGCUGGAAAGGCUGGCAUAUAUAAACACAACUGUUUAUCCUCUCACUUCUAUUGCUCUGGUUGCAUACUGUACUCUCCCUGCAGUUUGUUUGCUCACAAAUAAAUUCAUUAUCCCUGAGAUCAGCACAUUUGCGAGUUUGUGGUUCAUUUCACUCUUCCUUUCAAUUUUUGCAACGGGAAUACUGGAAAUGCGUUGGAGUGGGGUUGGCAUUGAUGAAUGGUGGAGGAAUGAACAAUUUUGGGUUAUUGGAGGUGUUUCUGCUCAUCUUUUGGCAGUGUUUCAAGGGUUGCUAAAAGUCCUUGCUGGUGUUAAUACAAACUUCACUGUUACUUCAAAAUCUGGAGAUGAAGAAGGUGACUUUGCAGAGUUGUACAUGUUUAAAUGGAGCAUUCUUCUCAUUCCUCCAACUACCUUGCUUAUAAUCAACAUUGUAGGUGUAGUUGCUGGUCUGUCUUAUGCUAUCAGCACGGGUUAUCAAUCAUGGGGUCCUCUUUUUGGGAAAUUGUUUUUUGCUUUUUGGGUGAUUGUACAUCUUUAUCCUUUCCUGAAGGGUUUGAUGGGUCGCCAGAACCGUACACCGACUAUUGUUAUUGUGUGGUCACUUCUUCUUGCAUCUAUUUUCUCUUUGCUAUGGAUUCGGAUAGAUCCCUUCACCACUAAGAUAAAAGGACCAAACAUACAGCAGUGUGGCAUCAAUUGCUAAGUAGCUGUAAGCCUGUAUGUAUUGGUCAAGAAUGUAAAGCACUUUCCCUUCUUUGGAGAUCUUUUUAUGUGCAUUCUUGAUCUAGAUCCCUUUGGUAACUAGGGUAAAGAGCCUGACUUCUAAUUGUGCAGCAUCAAUUGCUACAUAUAGCUUACAUAGCAGAAUGUAUCGAUCAAGAGUGUUUAUUUGCAAAUUGAUUUGCUUUGCUUCAGGGAGUUAUUCCUUCAAUGUAAUCCAUUGGCGAUAUUUACAUCCAAUUUUUUUUAAUGAUCAAGGACCAAGGGAGCUCUAUAGUUAUUCGGUUAUUUCAGCCUGUCAGAUUUUUUUCAUCUCAUCAUAAGGCGAAGGGAUGACAUUGUUUUGUGGAGAGAAUUUUUGAAUUUUUUGUUGAUGCUCUGGGUCAUUUUUCUUGAUGGUUAUCCUCAUCAUGCAGUGAUCCGAGUAAGAUUGAUUAAAGAGACGAGACAUUUUCAAAAUAUAUGGAGCUAUUGAUUAUUGACUAUUGGUGUCGCUUGAAUUACAAGCAUCUGAUCAGUUGUUUUGUGCUGUUCUGAUUAUAGUUUGUGGACAGUAGUUCAAUUCAGAAAUUAUGAUUCCAUUUUUUCUCCUUAAGUGAAGAAAAUCUGCCCACUUACAACAAGUCUCGGUUAUUUGAGGCUAUAUAUAAUAUAUGCAUCGUGCAAAGUGUUA